AUGUCACCAGCCUUGACCGCAUCCUCUUCAGAGGCACCCCACCUCCUCUCGGGCAAACACAUUGACCGCAAGAUCUUCCCAGACGGGAUCAAAACUUCUGGCCAACACAACCCCAUCUAUGAACUCAUUCGCACUUACUCGGAGUUCCCCAAGGAGAUUUCAGGACCUACGGUGUGGAAAGCAGAAGACUACCGCAACAACCCCGAGAGGUGGACGCAUGGCUUUAGCGAUGAGGAGAUUGCUGAGCUGGGAGCUGCUGCUGAUGCGUUCAUUGCGAGGGGGACGCCUUUGACGGGGAUGGCGAAGGAGUUGUUUCCGCUGCCGAAGUUGGAGGGCUUCUUUGGGGCUGUGAGGAAUGAGAUUGUGAAUGGGAAGGGGUUUAUCUUGUUUAAGAAUAUUCCGGUGCAGGAGUGGGGGUUGCAUAAAAGUGCUGUCGCGUAUAUGGGUCUUGGGACCUACUUUGGGUACUUUGUGUCCCAGAAUGGCAGAGGACAUGUCUUGGGUCAUGUCAAAGACCUAGGCGAAGACCCCACCCAGAAGGAUAAGGUCCGAAUCUACAGGACGAACGCCAAACAGUACUUCCACACCGACGGUGCUGACUUGGUCGGGUUGCUAUGCAUGGCAAAAGCUCUCGAAGGUGGCGAAUCGGAUAUCGUCUCAACUCACCACGUUUUCAACACGCUGCAACGAGAACACGCAGAUGUCAUCGAGACGCUUGUAACACCGAACUGGUACUUUGAUCGCAAAGGCGAGCAGAGUGAAGGUGAAGAGCCGUGGUACAAGUCCGCUAUCAUCUUCCUGGAGAACGAUCCCCAAGGCUCACCACGCGUAUGGGCCAAGUUUGACCCCAACAACGUGACAUCGCUGGCACGAUACAAUUCUGGUCUAGAUGCGAAGAUCCCGCCACUCUCGGAUAAGCAGAAGUACGCAUUGCAGGCAUUUGAGGAGACUUGUACGAGGCUAGCGCUGCAUAUGAUCUUGGAUCCGGGUGACAUCCAGCUUUUGAGCAAUACGCACGUAUUUCAUGCCAGGACCGCAUACAAGGACUACCCGCCUGGCAGCGUCGAUGAGCAGGGUCGGCCGAGAGUCCGAAGACAUUUGAUGAGACUGUGGUUGUCUGUACCCGAGAGCGAGGAUCAGGGCGGAUGGAAGCUGCCGUUCCACGACAGCAAGGAGAAGAAGCGAGGUGGGAUUCAAGUGAAUGACAACGCGCCUUACUGUCCCAUAGACGCGGAGUAG